AUGGGGGAUAGAAAACUUUCUUCGAAAAGGAUUAGUACUAAUAGUGUUCCUAAUCAGAAAUCAUCAGAGGGAAAGGUCGUGGAAGUGGUUCAUCGUCGAACCAUACAAUUUCAAGCUGUUGUUGAAGAUAGGUACAAGAUAUCAUCAUCAUCAUCAUCAUCAUCGUCUUCGUCCUCUUCAGCAUCAGGCUCAUCUAGUAUUAGUGGUACACAACAUCAUUAUCUUCAUCAACAACAACAACAACAGAUUGUGAAACAAAACGCUAUAGUAAGUUCACAAAAACACUCCUCUUCCAACACUACUAGUAGCAGUGGGACACAACAACAAAAACAGGUGAGUGGUUAUUCAAGCUCCAAACACCAUCAUCUUGAACACACAUCAUCAUCAAAGAAAGGAGCGACCACCUCAACUUCGGCACAUAAAAAACAAGUGUCGCAAUUGAAAAAGUAG